CUUCCGGUAAAAACAAACACACGUUGGGGAAAUAUUUAAUAUUUAUUUAUUGUUUUGGCAGUUUUUGCUGAAUUUAAUAAAUCUUAAAAAAAUGUCUGACGAAGAAGAUAGUAAAUUACUUGAGUUUCAUGAAAUGGGUUUAGAUGACAGACUAUUAAAGGCCAUAUCCAUGCUGGGCUGGUCGAGUCCAACUCCAAUACAGGAGAGAGCCAUACCUCUGGCACUGGAGGGGAAGGACAUACUGUCCCAGGCUAGGACAGGGUCAGGGAAGACCGGGGCAUUUGCCAUACCAGUUAUACAGAAAGUCCUCAUCUCUAAACAGACAGCAACAGAGCAGUGUGUUAAGGCAGUAAUUAUGACCCCAACAAAGGAGCUAUGUAGUCAGGCCUACAGAAAUAUACAGGAGCUGACAUCAUGCUGUUCCCGGGAGGUGAAGUGUGUCGAUGUUUCUCCUCAGGUGCCCUUGCCAUCACAGAGGCCAAUGUUGUCAGAGAAACCAGAUAUCGUAGUUGGUACCCCGUCUCGCCUGUUGGCCCAUAUACAAGCAGGGAACCUUGAUGUCAGCGAAUCACUAGAGAUGAUCGUCAUUGACGAGGCUGACCUGGUUUUUUCAUUCGGAUAUGAAGAUAACGUGAAAGCUAUACUAAAUCACAUGCCAAAGAUAUACCAGGCAUUCCUGAUGUCUGCAACACUAGGGGAUGAUGUUAAGGCUCUCAAGAAGAUGGUGCUACACAAUGCUGUGAUACUGAAGUUAAAUGAAACUAAUCUUCCACAGACAUCCCAGCUUACUCAGUAUCACAUAAAAUGUGCAGAGGAAGACAAAUUUGCCUUGGUAUACGCGUUGUUAAAGCUUCGACUGGUACGAGGGAAAACUAUCCUGUUUGUGAACAAUGUUGACAGGUGUUACAAGUUACGCCUGUUUCUUGAGCAGUUCGGGAUUCCAGCCUGUGUUCUCAACUCUGAGUUGCCUGUAAAUUCAAGGUGCCACAUUGUGAGCCAGUUUAACAACGGCCUGUAUGAUUACAUUAUUGCCAGUGACGAGAACCUCCUACAAGACCCCAGAAAUAAACCACAGCAAGAUAACACACAGAAACGUGGGCGUAAGAAGGAUCAGGAGUUUGGCGUGUCAAGGGGCCUGGACUUCCAGAAUGUGUCUAACGUGAUCAACUUCGACUUCCCAACCACCGUACAGGCGUACAUUCACAGAGUCGGGCGGACGGCAAGGGGAGAAAACAAGGGGACUGCACUAUCGUUUGUUUCCAUUAAGGAGAUGCCAUUGUUGGAAAAUGUCGAAGCAGAACUGGCCGGGCAUGAAGGCCAUGAGUCUGCCGUAUUCAAGCCGUACCAGUUCAAGAUGGAGGAGAUUGAGGGCUUCAAGUACCGAGCAAAGGACGCGAUGGCGGCUGUUACACGAGUGGCGAUCAGGGAGGCUCGACUCAAGGAAAUUAAACAGGAGAUCCUUAACUCACAGAAACUUAAGAGUCAUUUUGAGGACAACCCACGGGACCUGCAGAUUCUUCGACAUGACAAGAACCUCCACACUGUCAAGUCCCAGCCGCACAUGAAACAUGUUCCAGACUAUCUUAUUCCGGCCACUCUACAGAGGUUGGCGGGGAAGGGUCGAGGCAGUAAAAAGUCCCGCCGGGGAAAUGCACGGAAACAGGGACCCACAGAGGGUCAAAUGAAGUUCAAGAAGCGGAAGUCUGAUCCCCUGAAGAGUUUAAAGUUUGAAGGACUUGGCAUGAAAAAGAAGAGGAAAACUGGAAGAGCCAAGAAAUGACAAACUAAACAUUCUCAUGCCAAUGUGUGCUUUUGAAUUGUGAAUAGAUGGAUACCUGGGACAGGAUUAUGAAGAGUUGAAAUGCUUGACACAGUAAUGCAUGACGUUCUUUGUUAAUGUAUUUUGAAUGUCUACGAGAUAUUCAUGAAAUGUCGAGUGUUCGGCACAAACUGGCAUUUGUCCUAGAAAUUUAGAUUUUUUAAAAAACAAGAACGAUUACUAUAAGUGUAUGUAAUGAUCAUAAUGCAUGAGCCAGAAUUUAUAAGCAAAUGACAAAAUCCCAAAUAAUUAUUCUAGCCCGGGCAUGCUUUCGAUCACUGAAGUCACAGAAAUAGUGGUUGUUUGUUACAUUGGGCAACUAUGGCUUAAGUGUCUAUUAUAAAUUAUUGAAAAAUUGUUGUGAAAGGUUUGUCACUCUGAAUAAAUUGUAUCUUAGAUAAUGCCCCUUGAUCUACUGGGAAAUAAAAUUAAUGGUCAAAGAUGAACACAGGUAAAAAGCUUGCAGACUCGCUCAAACUCCAGAUUCUUUCCCAGCGCCACCAAUAGUGGGUCUUAAUUGAUAUAGCUUUCUUGGAAUUACAUAUGGCUGAAUAAAGCCUUUAGAAUAUCAUUUUGUAUAUUAAUUGUUCAUCAAGUUUUAAUUUAUAACAGGGGUUAUUGAAAAAAGAGCACAAGUGUAACUAGUUUUUGGCAGUUAGGCUUCAGAAUGCUUUGCUGUUGUUAAUGCUGAAUUGAAAUUGUUAAGACUUGACAGACUUGAACUUAUUUAAAGACUUGAAGUUCUUGAAAGACUUGCAACUGUUAAAGGACUUGAAAUGUUUAAAGAAUUGAAAUUGUUAAAAGACUUGAAAUUGUUAAAUGACUUGAAAUUGUUAAAUGGACUUGAAAUUGAUAAAAGACUGGAAAUUAUUACAAGACUUGAAAUUGUUAAAAGACUUGAAAUUGUUAGAAGACUUGAAAUACUUGAAUUGUUUAAAGACUUGAAAUUGUUAAAAGACAAAUUAAUUCAUGAAUUAUACUGACAUUAACUGUAAGUAUAUACUGUAUAUAUUUUCAUCGAAAAUGUUCAGUAUUAUUAAUGUAUUGUUUUUGAAAAGUUAAAAUUGCAAUAAGAUUUAUAGAAGGAGUAAAACACCUUCCCAUGAAAUGGUUUACAUUUAGUUAUACCACAUACUUCUAUAAAUAACAUAAUCAUUUGAAACUGAAGGCGUAUAUGUGAAAAGGUAUGAAAUUAAUUCAAUAAGUUUGAAACACCUCGCUGCCUUUUGUCAUUAUGUCGACAUGAUUUUCUCAUUUAAUAGGGUGAAUCAUAAUUAUUAUACCAUCAUGUUUUAUUUUGAUUAUUAAGCAAUUUUAUGAAUAAAACAUUUAAUUUUA